AUGUCAGUGGAUGCAGUGUUUACUGCUCAUGUCAUUCUCAUGGUUCAAGGAAUGCCUUUGACCACAGCUGGCGAGCAAGUGUUUGUCAAACGCGCGGGCGUAGACUCUUUUGUUGCGUUUGCGUGCGAAGGGGAAAAGAGGCAGCAAGUACUGGUGUCGUUUGAGAGUAAGUUGGAAGGGCUGGCUCAGGUGUUCAAGAGAGAUGAGAGUGGACCAUUUGUGCUUGGUGCAAAGGCUAGCUACGCGGAUCUGAUUGUUGGGGCAUGGUUACGGAUGGCCAACACAAGUCUCAAAAGUCCUGAAUGGGAGGCGUUAAGAGGAUGGCAUGGAGGUGUGUUUGGGCGGUUGCAUGAUGUAUUGGACAGAUAUGCACACACAGACAGAGGACGUGAGGUGCAACUUUGA